ACAAUUGACCGUUCAGUUCAGUUCGGUUACUCCCCCCCCUCCUUGCGGGCACUCUGCCUCUGCUGCCAACAUUCACUCUUCUCUCUCCAUGAAAGAACCCCCAGCCUCUCGUUUCCGGCGGAAACCGACCGCCAAUGCCUCCGCCGCACCAUCAAGAAUGAUCAAGCUGAUUUGCAGCUUCAAUGGCGCUUUCCAUUUUAGGCCACCCUCCAACAAACUCAGAUACAUUGGUGGCGAGACUCGUAUCGUUUCCGUCGACCGGAAUAUCGGCCUUUUCAAGCUCCUUAACAAGAUGUCCGAUCUUUGCCCAAAUUUGCGCUCUUUCUCGCUCAAGUACCAGCUCCCCAUGUCCGGACGUGCGGGUGACCCGGAGUUAGAUUCCGAAACGGAUGUUCCUCUGGUCUCGAUUGCCUCCGACGAAGAUGUUAGGUGCAUGAUCGAGGAGUAUGAUAAGCUGGAGCUGUAUGGUAAGCACGCUAGGCUGUGGAUAUUUGUGUGUAAUGACGGUGAUCAAUCUGAUGUUCAUUACGACAACUACAAUAACGGUAACAGUGGGUUUGUUAAGGGAAACGGCGAGUUUUGGGUCGAUAAUCCAACAAAUGAUGCUUUGAGAGGUGGGGCUGAGUCGUGUCAAGCACAGUUUGAUGGUAAGGCGGCCAAGAAUCCUGUGAAAGGUGUUGCCAGGUUCAGGUACGGUGAUGAUUCAUUGAGAAAAAUCGUUUUGAGGCAGCAAUUACUCGGCAAACAAUCGGAGGGAAUUCACAAUUGUGGUGCGGAUAGUGAUCAUAAAUAUAAUCACCCUUUUAGAGAUUUAGCUCCUGAAACGAACGCUUCGAUGCCACAAGGGAACCUGUAUCAAGAGAACAUGCUGGGUAACAGAACAGGGAAUGCUAAUUUGCGUGGAAGUGAGAGUAGUGAUAGACUGGUGCAAUAUUCAGGCCCUCGCUUGCUUCCGUUGAACCCAAAGGAUGGAAAUUUGCACGUGGAAACGAAUAGUUCCACGCAUUGUUUGUCAGGGAAAAAUUUUCAGGUCUUUGGUCAUGGGGUGGGGAUUUCGAAUCCUUUGCAUAGCUUGAGGUUGAAAAAUAUGUGUGAUCUUCCUUAUGCAAAGCAGGACUCACGGAUCCUUGGGCAAGGGGCACCGAGUCAUUUGAACAGGGAAAAUAUCGUGCCAUGUGCUGUGGUUCGUGCUUUGCGGACUUGCAACAGUCAGUGGGGUGGGAACACCUAUCCUGCCAAAUCUCCCUUCUCUACCGGUGGUUAUCAGAACGGAAUCCGAAACAAUCGGUGUAUUAUGAAAGAAUCUGGAAAUCAGCGGGUUUAUCCAUACCAGGUUCGGAGCCAUAGGAAUUUCCCAGCUGAGAUGGGGAAUCAUCGAAGCACUAGAUUGGACGGAAGGCUUUCAGCAGUGAAAUGCUACCCUGGGCUAAGGCCAAAUUCAACCAUCUCAAAGCAGGGACCAUCUAUGAGAUUAUAUGGCUCAAAGCAGGGAGGUAGAACGAGCAUGAUCAAUUCAAGUUUAAGUAAGGAUAACUCCUCCUUUAGCUUAUCCAGAGGACAUGGCUCCGCUAUUUCACAGUGUGGAAAUUCGAAUGCCAAAGAUUUUAGUUUACCUUAUCAUGGAGAAGGUGUUUCUGUUGGCAAUCAAUCUCUCUUGUCUCCUGAGGCUUUUGCGACACCAUCAUCAUGUGUGGAGAAAACAGAGAGUCAACAAGAUCUCUUGACUGGUUCACCAUAUGAAAAAAAUGAAGUUCCAUAUCAGAGCAUGUAUGAGACCAUUACAAAUGAGCUAUUCACAGUUGACCAGCAGAAGGUUGUUAACGUCUCUGGCUUAUCAAACGAUCUGCACCAUGCCAUUGAAUCAGCUGUGGAAUGCAAUACCAAUUUGAUAAGUACAGGAAGGGCAACUAACAUGUUCAACAAUCCAAAGAAUGGAACUCCUUAUUUUGAAGUUGCUUCUUCGGUGGAUCUUUUGUAUAACUUGUCAUUGUCAUCAUCCAAAGGGGCAGAAACUCCUGCCUGUCCUUCACUUGCCAGCAUUGCUGUCAGUGAUUCUUCAUUGAAGCCCGAAUCAAAUCCUUUGGAUAUUAUGGGUGGACAACUUAGCACAGGACUGGAAGCUGACAAAUCAAAUGCAGUGGCAUCUAAUUCCACUGCUCCUAAUGCAGUUAGCAUGGAAAAGGAUCAGGAGCAUGAAGAAGAUAUUCAACAGGACCUUCUGUCUGGUUUAAGCAUCGAUGAAAAGGCUGAGACUAAAGAAGGCACUAAAUGCUCCAAGGUGAUUGGUGGAAUCUCUAGUGAAUUGGCUGCAUUUUAUACUCAUCUAGCUACUCGAGAGUUGCAGACAAUUAAAAAUUCAGACCUGGAGUAUAUUAAAGAACUUGGUUCAGGCGCAUAUGGUACUGUCUACUAUGGAAAAUGGAAGGGUUCUAGUGUUGCCAUCAAGAGGCUAAAACCAAGUUGCUUCACUGGAGGCUCAUUGAAGGAGGAUCAAUUGGUUGCUGACUUCUGGAAGGAAGCUCACAUACUUGGUCAACUCCACCACCCAAACAUAGUUGCAUUUUAUGGUGUUGUAACAGAUGGACCGCUGAAUAACUUGGCAACUGUGACAGAGUACAUGGUGAAUGGCUCUCUAAAACAAGUUCUGAGGAGAAAGGAUCGAACAAUUGAUCGUCGGAAGAGGAUAAUUUUGGCAAUGGAUGCUGCUUUUGGGAUGGAAUAUCUACAUGAAAAGAACAUUGUCCACUUUGACCUGAAAUCUCAUAAUUUGCUUGUGAAUAUGAAGGAUCCUCAGCGACCGGUGUGCAAGAUAUCACUGCUUCUUCAGAUUGGUGAUUUAGGCUUAUCAAAAAUUAAACAGCGGACCCUUAUCUCUGGUGGAGUACGAGGAACCAUACCUUGGAUGGCACCUGAACUCUUGCAUAGUAAGAGCAACAUGGUAACGGAGAAGUGCAUGGAUUGUAUGCAGGUUGAUGUUUACUCAUUUGGAAUUGUCAUGUGGGAACUCUUAACUGGAGAAGAACCUUAUGCAAACUUGCGUUCAGAAGAAAUAAUAGCGGGCAUAAUCAAGGGCAACCUGCGACCUGAAAUUCCUAGCUGGUGUGAUCCAGCUUGGAAGUCACUGAUGGAAAGGUGCUGGUCAUCUGAUCCCGAGUCUAGGCCAGCCUUCUCAGAGAUAGCAAAGGAGCUACGAACAAUGUCGGCAAGCAUGAACAUUAAGUAACUACAAUGAGGCAGAGCAGCAAAGACAAUCUUCGCAUGUUUUUCGUGUAAAUACUUUAGGACCAUCAAGAACAUGGCAAGAUGAGACGUGCAUAUUUUUUUCCGUCCACUGUCGUGUCUGAUAUGAGGACAACCCUUAUGUUAAGGGUUGUGGAGCCAGGUGCACUUCUUUUUUAGCUGUCACUGGUAUGAUAUAGUAGAAUAUAGACUUAGCCUGAUGUUAGAUAAAUAAUUGCCGUAAUCGGGUUUAAUUUUGCAAACCUGCUUUACAGGUACAGGCAAACUCUCGGAAAAAGCUUGUAAUUUUUUUUCUUUUUAAAAUCAAGACCACCAAUAAUCAAAGCUUUUGCUGUACAUAAAUGCCAAUUGAUGAUCUCUUGUCUUUGCAUAUGAAUAACACACUGUAGUUGAUC